AUGAGAAAUGGGGGCAACAAUGUGGGAGCGAUAGGGGGGCGAUGGGGAGCAAUGGGGGAGUGUUGGGGGAGUGAUGGGGGAGUGAUGGGGGACCGACUGGGAGAAUGGAAUGGGGGGAACGGGAUGGGGGAACGGGAUGGGGGGAACGGGAUGGGAGCAAUCGGAUGUGUGGCAUGGGAUGGGAUGCCUUUCUUUCCUGUCGCCCUCUCUCUCGCAUUCGCCUCUUCCUCUCCCAGUCUCCUUCCUUAUUCUCUCAUUCUGUUCCUCUCUUCCUUCCUCACCCCCUUCCUCUCUUCUCUCUCUCAUCCUGAUUCGUACUACCUGUCUCCUCCUCUCGUAAUCUCUCACUCUCUUCCUCUCUUCCUCUCUUCCUCCCUCAACCUCUCACACUCGUCCUCUCUCUUCCUCUCGUCUCUCACCCUCCUCUUUUCUUCUCUCACUUUCUCCCUUUCUUCGUCUCUCACCCUCCUCUCUUCCUCUCUCACUUUCUCCCUCUCUUCCUCUCUCUUCCUCUCCUCCAUCUGCCCAAGCCUCUCCGCCAGUCUCGUCGUCACGCCAACCUUCAUGGCGCGCAGCAAGCACCAUCGGCUCACGCCCAUCAGCUGCUCUAACGACAGCUCCUCCGCGCUCCCUGUUCCUCCGCCCAUCAUGCCGCUCGCGCGCAUCGCCACGUCGACCUGCCGCCUCCGCGCAUGCAUUCCGCCUCCACCGAACUCCCUCGGCCAGAAAAGGCGGCCUUGA